UGGAAGUGGACAGUGUUGGUAGCGGCGGCCACGAGCAGCCCACAGUCUGCUUGCUUGCUUCUUCUUUUGUUUUUUUUUAGACGCACAGUGUUGAUUGUAAAGACGGAUAUUAGGGAUAAAAAGAAGAAGAAGGAUAAAAAUAAUAGCAACGAUAUUGGCUGUCGUGUUUGUUGCUGUUAUUAUUACUACUACAACGACUACUACUAGUAGUAAUAACGAACAUUGCUCCUUCCGCUUGACGUCUUCUCUCGGGUUACCUUUACUCUCGUGAACACGUUGAGGAUCGAGGAAAGGGGAGGGGGUGGUGGCGGCGCCGGCGGAGGAGGAGGAGAGGAGGAGGAGGAGGAGGAAGAAGAAGAAGAAGAAGACAAGACUAGGAGGUGGUGCCAUUGGCAACGAUCACCACGACGACGACCAAGAAGAAGAAGACGACGAGGACGAGGACGACAACGAAAUGCGCGAAUUUAAAGUUGUCGUGCUCGGCUCGGGCGGGGUGGGCAAGAGCGCGCUCACAGUACAAUUUGUUUCCGGUUGUUUCAUGGAAAAAUAUGAUCCAACUAUCGAGGAUUUUUAUCGAAAGGAAAUCGAAGUCGACAGUUCCCCGUGCGUACUCGAAAUACUCGAUACCGCCGGUACCGAGCAAUUCGCAAGUAUGCGUGACCUUUAUAUAAAAAAUGGUCAAGGUUUCGUCGUAGUUUACAGUCUGACCAAUCAUCAGACCUUUCAGGAUAUUAAGGCUAUGAAGGAGCUUAUUACUCGCGUUAAAGGCACCGAACGAGUACCCGUACUACUUGUUGCCAAUAAACUCGAUUUGGAACAUCAACGCGAAGUCGAAACAACCGAGGGAAAUGCACUUGCACAACUUUGGGGUUGUCCUUUCGUCGAAGCCUCUGCUAAAAAUCGUACGAACGUCAACGAGAUGUUCGCCGAAAUAGUGCGAGAAAUGAACUUCAGUCCCGAGAAAGAGAAGAAAAGUUAUUGCUGCUGCAGUGUCCUCUAAUACUUAAUUAAACCUUCCCUUUUUUUUAUUAUCGGCAAUUCGUUUUAUUCGUAUUAUUAUUAUUAUUAUUAUAGAUAGAUGUUCUUAGUUAUGCUGGCUACACAUCGGCUUGAGAAGUUUAUUGUAUUAUUACAAAUUUAUCUAGAUCUUCAUUCUUCUUUUUCUAUUCAGUCUAAUCAUGAUAUUAACUCAAUUAUCUUUACUUAUUCGUAUUGAUUUCUUUUACCAUUAGAUUGUAUAGAGAAUUUUUGUUUAAAAUAUUUUAUCCUCGUCGAAUUCUUCUAAUUAGAAUUUCAUUUUCUUUUUUAUUAUUUUGAUUUUUUCUUUUCUCUUCGAAAUAAGCCAAGCCAUGCGACAAAUUCGCCAACCUUCAAGACUAAUUUGUGGUUGUACUGAAAAUUUGGAAAAACCAACGUUAAGGACUAUAUAUGCUAGUUCAGUUCUUUUUCUAUCGGAGGAUCAAGGUCAGCCUUUUUUCUGGCGACCAUUAAACGGAUAUUUUAAUAUACAUUGAUAGUAUUAUAUGUAAUAUUGUAAUAUAUAAUGAUAUAUGUAAGCAAGCAUAUAAAAGGGGGUGAAUUCCUUUGGUAACGGACCAAUAUUCCAAAGUGACGAACAUGGGUAAAACCAAGAGCAACAUUAUAUUAUUAGCCUGCGUUUGUUAAACCAAAUUCGAUUUAACUACUAACUUUUUUCGUACGUUGUUCGUUGUCCACUGGUCGAUCCUAGUUCGUGUGGAAAUUAGAAGACUUGCUUUUUUUUUUUUUCUUAAUAAGAAAGUCACUGUGAUGGUCGACCGUCCUUGCGAAGACGGUUGUGCUCUUUCUCUACUGAAGUAAAUUUGGGAUGACCUUCGUAAAAUAUAUAUAUCGAAUAGAUAAGAGGUUUUAACAAUUUAUAAGUUUUUUUUUUUUUUUUUUUUUUUAUAUAUUAAGUUGUAUCAUCUAAAGCGAAAAGAGAUCUUGUAGAAGUUGUAUACACGAUUUUGGUUCGUACGCAGGAUCAAGGUGUUGAUCUUGGACAAGUUUUGUGCAAUGAUUUGCGUCAAUAAUAUGUUACCUAUGCUUAAGUGUUGGAGGCCUCACUAAAGAAUACGUCGUAUAAAAGAAUAUAAUAUGCGACCAAGAUUUUAGCGGCUUUCGUAUUAGUUGUACAGUAAAGCUAGUUCUAAAGAAAUAUUUUAUAAAAAUGAAGCAAAUAUAAAGAAGAACAUCGUCAAAUUGAUAUUGACAAAUUGCGUUUGAGGUUUAAAGUGUUUUUGCUAAAAGGAAAUAUCCAUUAUUAUCAAAUGCGAUUUUUCUUACACGAUAUUCUUCUAUUUUUACUUUCUACUCAUACUUUAUAUAAUUAUGUUGAGAUCUUUCAUGCAUAUCGCUUGCAAUAAAAUGAGAAAAAUCGUUGAUGACUUGACAAAAAAUAUGACGUUGACAAAGCUGCGAUGUAUAAAUCUUUUUCCAAAUUAAACUAGCAGAAGUUUUUAAUUUUUAUAUCAUUCUAAUCUUAAAAAUAAAAAAAAAUGAACAAAAAAAUAAGAAUAUGAUUUUAUCGUUAUAUCAGUUUAUAUUUUUAUGAAUUCAUAAAAAUAAAAUUAAAUAAAACAA